AUGGCAACGAGUGAGUGUGAAAAAUUUCGUAUUGGACGAGAGUUUUUAGAGAGUGUUGCGUGGCCUUCUCAAUUGCGUAAGCCGGCUCACGAUCGAUGUUAUUGUUAUCAAUGCUAUCCAUCAAGUCAUCCCGACGCUCUCACCGUCGCUGGUUACAAAUAUGUUAUUCCGCAUGGAUGGACUCGUUUUGCUGUUUCGGUGGACAGUGACAUCUGCGAGCUUCACAAUGUAUGGAGUACGUGGUUGAUUUGUUACCAUGGAACUAGUAUUGAAAGCGCUAGAUCCUGCGUCGAACAUCGACAAUUGCUGUUGCCCAACGAUAUUACCAUGUAUGGCAAAAAGUUAGAAAUACCAAAAGGUCAUAUUCCGAAAGAGAAUUACAUUUUUACAACGCCAUCAAUUACUUAUGCGGCACAUCAAGCUUACGCUCGUGCGUAUCAUUUCAGAUCGCCUCAUGAUUCAAGACUCUAUACUAUAAAAGUAGUAUUGCAAUGUAGACAAAAGCCCGACUCAAUUAUCGUACAACCGGAGACAGUUGGUGCGCAAGUGCGAAUGCAAAGAAUAUGCACGCACAUUCCGAAUGAAGAAUUAGAGUGGAAAACGCAACAUCGGUCAUCUGUUGUCAUUUAUGGCUUACUGUUACAGAUAAAGAAAUGCGACGAGAAUGAUACUAGUAAUCUGACGUCGCUACCAUCAUCAUCGUCAGCCACUCAUUAUAACAGCAUACCAACUAUAUCAAAUACAAUCCCAAGAGAUCCACUGAAAAAACUUUCGGGCACUGUGUCGCCUAUUUCAAUGAGUAUAGAUUCGACAGACGAAUAUUCCAUCGAAAGAGAUGCAAUGUCAACGAAACAAGUAUCUGUCCUGGUCAUGAUUUUGGUAGCAACACUCCUACCUAUAGCUGCUCUGGUCGUUGGUCAAAUUUAUAAAUCUGACUGUCCUAUUCAAUCAUGGAUUCCACAGUGGAUGACUGUUUUCGGAGCUGUGGGUAUAGGUGUUUUUGGUACCGCAUUCACUAUCUUGCUUAUUUCAUUCAAGUGCUGUGGCGAAGAUAGUCAUAUCGGAGGGUGUAUUACGAAUUGUUUUGUAUGUUUAUUAGCAUUCUUCUACUUCUCGUGGUUAAUCGCGGGAAGCGUGUGGGUAUUUGGCGUGAGACCAAGUGUUCAAUAUGAUAAGCGAAUCCCAGAGAACUACUGUCAAGAAAAUCUCUACAAAUUUGCAUUCGGAUUACUCAUAACACAAUACUCACUGAUCGCUAUUGCUUUGUGCAUCGGUACCAGUGCUUGCUUAUUUAUUUUUUGUGUCGAUUAA